AUGGAGAGUUUGGGACGGACGGAGCCUUUAAAGCCCGGCUCUGCGCGCGCGCCCGUCGCUUUCCCGGUCUCGCGGCAGACGAGCAGCAGGAGGACGAACGCUCAGCCUCCGCUCUCGGCAACGCGAACUCCCCGCCUCGGCCGCCGGCCGGACAUGGGUCUGAACGGCUUCUGCUCGGUCCCCGACGGGAGCCCGGCCCCGGCGGAGCUGCUGGUGGGGCUGGCCUCCCAGACCGAGCCCGCCGGAGGAGUCGCCUCCCCGACGGCGCAGCCCAAAGGCGGCGUGCCGCUCUACGUUGGCGGCAUGGGCAUGGUGGAGGGGAACCGGUCCGGCGGCUACCCGGCGCAGGCCGGCGGGCUGUCGGGCCAGACGUGUGGCCCGGCGCACCCCCUGGGCCGCCUGCUGGAGAACGGGGACAGGACCGCCCACGAGAACUGCUCCUUGGUCAUGAGGAGGAUCAACGGGGACCUGAAGGUCCGGCAGGCCCAGCUGCUGCAGCAGCAGCAGCAGAAGAGGAGAGGGGGCGAGAACCGGGGCGUGGGGUCAGACCUGCUCAACGGUCACCUGACGGGGUCGCCCGGCCCGGAGGGCUCUGGGGACGCUGUUUUCGGAGCCGGGGACUUGGACUUUAAGAGGAGAAAGUUGGCGGACGGGACUGUUGCCGGCAGGUCGCCGGAGGCCUCCAGGGGGGCGCGGGCGGCCGGCCCGCUGACCGCCGCCACCAACUCCUGCGUCGGAGCUCACGGGGGGCCGAACUUCACCCCCGAGCCCUCUCAGGCCAGGCAGCAGAACGGACGCCACGGGGCCCCCUCGGAGCCCCCGCCCGCCAACGGCCUGAUCCCCGCCUGCGGGAUGGGCGCCCUGCAGGCCCCGGGGCCGCCCCCCCCCGAGGGCAGCGGCUGGUCCGGCGUGCGCAUCGCCCAGCAGUACAUCAUCCCCUGCAUGAAGUACUACGGCAUCUGCGUGAAGGACGACUUCCUGGGGCCGCAGCUGGGCGACCGCAUCCUGGAGGAGGUGGAGAUCCUGAACAGCAGCGGGAAAUUUCGGGGCGGCCAGCUGGUGAGCCAGAAGAACAUCCCCUCCCGGAACAUCCGGGGGGACCAGAUCGCCUGGGUGGAGGGCACAGAGCCGGGGUGCAAGAGCAUCGGGACGCUGAUGGCGUGCAUCGACGAGGCCGUCAUGUACAGCGCGGCCAACGGGCAGCUGGGCAACUGUGACAUCAACGGACGCACCAAGGCCAUGGUUGCCUGUUAUCCCGGUAAUGGGGCAGGGUACGUGCGCCAUGUUGACAACCCGAACGGCGACGGGCGCUGCAUCACCUGCAUCUACUAUCUAAACAAGAACUGGGAUGUCAAGAAAAAAGGAGGGCUUCUGCAGAUUUACCCCGAAGGCAAAAAUGUGGUCGCCAACAUCGAACCUGUGUUCGACAGGCUGCUCAUCUUCUGGUCGGACCGCAGGAACCCCCACGAGGUCAAACCGGCCUACGCCACCCGCUAUGCUAUCACAGUCUGGUACUUUGAUGCCAAAGAGAGGUUGGAGGCAAAAGAAAAGUACAAAUUGGCCACUGGACAGAAGGGCGUUCAGGUGCCGACAUUUGCGAUCACAAAGGGAGACAAGGCCGGUCUGUCCGCCUCCGCCCCCCCACCCCCUCCCCCCCGCCCUGCUGAGCGUCAGCUGUCAGUCGCCUCACAGGCCGUGACGUAA